AUGGAUGAGUUGCACCGCAUCCAGGAAGAAGACGCAAAUCUUGUUCGUCUGCUGGAUGAUCUGGUACCAGGCUUCGAUGCACGAUAUGACGCCCAUGAAGGCGAUCUACUAUCUUUCGUAGACAACGUCAUGGUACCGGGGGUCAACGUUGUGUUGGAUCGAUUGAAGCAAGAGGAUGAGACCGCACAUGCCGCGGGAAGACGGGAAUUGGGCGUUGUCAUGGUCGACGAAUGCGAGAGUGACUCCAUCGAAGGAUACGAAACGGACUCACUUGAGGAGUACGAGAGCGAUGCACAUGAUCCUACCACUCAAAGUCUACCCUGA